CAAACAGAACUUCAAUUCAACGACCAGCUUGGAACACAAAACCAAACACUAAUCUUAGUUUGACAGAAAAACGUGGUAGAAGAAGAGAGAGAAAGAGAAAGUCUCACUAUAAAAUCUUCAUCAUGCUCUAGAGAGAGAGAGUGGUGUCCUUUGACUGAGCCUAGCCGGCAAAAGCCGUCUAAGGUUUGAUGAUAAUGUUCUUUUUAAUGUCUGAAUACGCGUUGAAUUUUCCAUCAAACUUUUCUCUUUCCUCUUAAUUUUUCUCCUCUAUUUUCCUUACCCUUAAUUCCAAUUCAAAGGUCUCCCAAGUCUUUUUCUAUUUUUAAAAAGUUAAUUCCACGUUUUAUAAUAAUACACUUUCUUUUAGUGUUCUCAUCUUCACCCCCCAUAACUUUUUUCUACCUAUAAUUUCAUGUCUGUAAGAAAAAUGCUUCCUUUAAGUAGCGGGAUCUGAAUUGCAGAAUUGGGUCACUUUGGAAUCUUCAAAUAUUGGAUUCAUGGUCUUUGUGUAUGUCUUUAAUAAGGAAAAGUUCCCAUCUUAGUAAUUGGAUUGAAAAAAAAAAGUGGUAGUUUUGGUUAUGUUAGUAUUAGCAUGACUAUGUUCAUGAGUUUUGUUGCUGAUGAAUCAUGAUCCUAGCUCUUGAAGGUCAAUAUUGUAAUUUUAUUAUAUAGUUGAAUUGAGGUGUUAUAUAUCUUGUUGUUGCAACAUGGGUUGCAUAUGUUCAAAGGGUUCAGCUGUAGAAGACAGCAAUGAAAGUAACUCAAAGAAAUUCCAAUCAAAUAGCACAAGACCUUCAGAGUUGAAUGUUUUGAGGUUGAAUUCUUCCAAGAGGGUUGAGGGAGGUAGGGUGAAAGAUUUGUCAUUAGAUAGAGGCGAUGCGAAAGCGAAAGCUUCAUUGAUUGAAAAGAAAUCCAAUGGUUCAAUGAAGUUGUAUGAUGAUCAAAAUGGGAGGAAGAAGAAAAUAGAGAAGGCUGAGCUGACUGUUAUUGAUCAUCCUGGAUUUGGAAGCGUUCCAAAGGCUAUAGAAGGUGAGCAAGUUGCGGCGGGGUGGCCCUCAUGGCUUUCUUCUGUUGCUGGUGAUGCUAUCAAGGGGUGGAUACCAAGGAGUGCUAAUACUUUUGAGAGGUUACAUAAAAUCGGGCAAGGAACUUAUAGUACUGUUUAUAAGGCUCGUGACCUGACUAAUCAAAAGAUUGUUGCAUUGAAGAGGGUGCGGUUUGAUAAUCUUGAUCCGGAAAGUGUCAAGUUUAUGGCAAGGGAAAUACAUAUUCUGCGUAGGCUCGACCAUCCAAACAUAAUAAAAUUGGAGGGCUUGAUAACCUCAGAAACAUCUCGCAGCUUGUAUCUUAUUUUUGAGUAUAUGGAACAUGACCUGACAGGACUUGCAUCAAAUCCUAGCAUCAAAUUCUCUGAACCACAGCUGAAAUGCUACAUGCAUCAACUUCUUAGUGGAUUGGAUCAUUGUCAUAGUCACGGUGUCCUCCAUCGCGACAUAAAGGGUUCAAAUCUUCUCAUUGACAAUAGUGGUGUUUUAAAGAUUGCCGAUUUUGGUUUGGCAAAUGUUUUUGACUCCCAUCGGAGUAUUCCAUUGACGAGUCGUGUAGUAACUCUGUGGUACAGACCACCUGAACUCUUACUCGGAGCAAAUCAUUACGGGGUUGCAGUUGAUUUAUGGAGCACCGGUUGCAUACUUGGGGAACUAUAUACCGGAAGGCCCAUUUUGCCUGGAAAAACAGAGGUUGAGCAGUUGCAUCGGAUUUUUAAACUUUGCGGCUCACCAUCCGAGGAUUAUUGGCUUAAGUCGCGGUUGUCUCAUUCAACAGUAUUCAAGCCUCCACACCAUUAUAGGCGAUGUGUUGCUGAUACAUUUAAGGAAUAUCCGUCAACUGCUGUUAAGCUUAUAGAGACGCUACUUUCCGUAGAUCCAUCGCAUCGAGGAACAGCAGCUGCUGCUCUGAAAAGUGAGUUCUUUACAUCAGAACCUUUGCCUUGUGACCCAUCAAGUUUACCAAAAUAUCCUCCUAGCAAGGAGAUUGACGCUAAAAUGCGGGAUGAAGCAACCAGAAGGCAAGGAGCUAAUGGAGAUAGGGAACAAAAAGUUGGCUCAGGGGUUAGACAAGAAAAAGGAUCUAGGGCCCAUGUCACAACAAAGGACACUGCUGACUUGGGGGCAACAAUACAGCAGCAAGCAAAACAGUAUUCCAUGUCAAAGAACCGAAGCGAAUUGUCAUAUCCUCAUAGAGAACACGUUUCUGGGAAUCUUGGAUUCCCACACAAACAGUCAGAAGAUGUUAAAGAGAUGGAAAAUAAUUUAUCUGGCCAUUUUUAUAAGAGGCCAUCACAUUCAGGCCCAUUGGCUCCUGGUUCAGGCUGGGCCAGGGGCGUUAACGAAGUCGAUAAUGGGCCUCCUGUUUCAACCAGAGUGAACCUAUCAAAAUUAUCCGGGCUAGUCGCAUCCAGAACUUUGUUGUCAGAAGAUCAGCAGCAAAAACCAGUUUCCUUGCUCCACAGAAAACCAAUUGAAGUAAGAAAAUCAGUCGAGGCGAGUAAUGGAUCCGAGUCCAGAAGAAGGAGGGAUAAAAAACGGAUUGUUGAUCAAAGUCAAAUUGUAAAUAGAAGAGUCCCAACCGAAAAAUCAACUCCGGAUGGACACGGGUCAAGUGGAAACAAGAUAUACCUGUCUGGUCCAUUACUAGUUUCAUCAAACAAUAUGGACCAGAUGCUCAAAGACCACGAUCGUAAGAUCCAAGAGUUUUCGAGACGAGCAAGAGGUGAGAAAGUCCGUGCACAAAGAAAGUAGUCGAAUUACAUAGUCGCUUAAGUUAUUUUUACGAAAACAUUUAUUUAUCUCUCAAUCUAGAAAGGGAGAGAGUGCAUUCACUCUUACUGUAACAUAUAUAUAUCAUGUAAAUUGCAGGCCCUAUAACAGAAAUUGAUCUUUCUCUUACUAUUCACCUUUCACCCUUAUAUUAUUAAUAUAAGAAUGCAAGCAAUUUAAUUUAGUAUGUUA